AUUCUGGACGUGUUGAUCUCCUUGGAGGAUGCACAAGGGAAACCGUUUUUGUCAGUAGAUGAGAUCAAGGCAGAAACGCUGGAAAUAAUCCUUGCUACCGUGGACAACCCAUCAAAUGCUGUAGAGUGGGCACUGGCAGAGAUGGUGAACAAUCCAAAGGUCAUGAAGAAAGCAGUGGAUGAACUCGAUAUGGUUGUUGGUAGAGAAAGGCUUGUUGAGGAAUCCGACAUUCACAACCUCACAUACCUCAAGGCAUGUAUCCGGGAGGCGUUCCGCCUCCACCCCUACCACCCAUUCAACCCACCCCAUGUCGCGAUCGCAGACACCACCGUCGCGGGAUACAUGAUCCCAAAGGGUAGCCAUGUCAUGUUAAGCCGAAUUGGGCUCGGUCGAAACCCUAGAGCAUGGGAUAAACCACUCGAAUUCCAACCAGAGCGACAUCUGAAAAAUACUGGUACUGUGGUGCUAGCUGAGCCAGAGUUACGUUUUGUAUCGUUCAGUGCUGGUAGGCGUGGCUGUCCUGCCGUGUCACUCGGAACAUCAAUUACAAUGAUGCUAUUUGCAAGGCUUCUGCAGGGGUUCAGUUGGAGCAUACCACCAGGUGGUGACAGGAUUGAGCUUCAAGAGUCAGCUACAAGCCUGCAAUUGUCUAAACCAUUAUUUAUGCAAGCAAAACCACGAUUACUACUUCAUCUAUAUGAGGCGGAUGUAUUAAAUUAGGUAGCUAAGACCGUUUUGUAUGAAAGCAAAACCACGAUUAUUACUCCUUCUAUAUGAGGUAGAUACAAUAAAAUAAGUAGCUAAGACCAUUUUGUAGUUUUUUAUCUGGCAUGAUGUAGUCUUGUCCAUUAGUGCCAGUUAUAACUAAGAACGUAUUGGCACUAAUAUUUAUAAUUAGCACUGGUUUUUAAGCCGCAACAUGUAUCAACGCCAGUUCAUAGUGAUAGAAGCUGGCUAAGCACCUUAGAGUUAGAUACUACAAACCCCACCCUUGUGUAAUAUGGCAUUUAGUCCAAGGAAAAUGAUAAACCGUUUGGGAAACCUAGGACAAUCUAACCAAAGAUUCUUUGCUUGGCUGCUGUACUACAAUCGGCUAUGGAUUUCAGAGUGACUACAAAGUCGAGGAUGACCGAACAAGAACUAUUGUGUUUGAUAUUUAUGUUUUGGAACAUGGGGACGAUGCAACACCUUUUGAAAGA